AUGAGGUCGCAGUGGAAGCCGCUCAGGACCCUGAAGGUCUUCGUGGUCUCUGCGGACUGGGAUGGCAAGAUGGAGUACACGCUGCAAGUCGCUGUCAUGCAGUUUGGGCGCGCCCCCAAUGCCGAUGCAACGCUCGCAGCGAUUGCGUCGAACGUGGGCGAUCUGUGUGCAACUCAGCCCGAGAGCUAUCCCGAGCGAGAGAGGGAGAGGUGGGAGAAGGUUUUCUCUCUCGCCUCGGGGGUGGACGCUUGGGAGAAAACCGAAAGACAAGAAGAGACCACCGUUGCAUUCAGUUUCAACAUCUGGACACGGGAGGUAGCCCUGAGUGCCACGGCGGUGGACAAGGAGGGAGCGCAAGUCACAUUGGACGGCCAGCACGGCCGCGGCUAUGCUUCUGCUGUUCUGAAGUUGAACCCUUCCGCACCUUACAAGAAAUUGAAGAUCAGGGUAGAGGCCGCAGAUGAGGUGACGGCUUUGGACUAUGUUCUGGUUGUGGCCAUGACAGAGCACAGCAAAUGGGCCAUGCUGGAAGAUCUGGUGGUCCCUGGAUGCGAGGGGGGGCUGCGGCCAAAGUUCGAAAUCGACGUCUUUCGCUAUCGCUGCCUUCUCAACAACGAAGCGCAAGUCUUCAAGGUUAUCCCCACGGUGAUGUGGAUGCCAGGCUUUGACCAAAAACUGCAGAUCUCGAUCCAGGACAAGGAAUGGACAAGCGGCAACGUGUUCCAGCAGCCGCUCAAUGAUGAAGGAAAGGCAGAGGUCGACAUCGCCGUUUUGGCUUCGGACCGAAAACACAAGGCAAUCUACUACGUGUCUGCGCAAGGAUCCCCGCUGAAAGAGCGCGGCCGGCUUUUCACUACACUCGAACCGCCGCCAAAGGAAGCACCGCCAACACCUCUGCCGAAGUAUCGCUUCCGUUCCACCACGCCCUCGGCGCCCUCGCCUGCGCCUACUCCACCGCCGCAGCGCACGCCAAGGCCAAGGCCUGGCGACCCUGAUCCUCGCCCCGAGCAGUGCCCAGCAGGUCGACUACGGAAAGGGCUUCGAUCUCCACGCCACGUUGGGAGCACGAGAGUCAUGGAAUCUUUGGCGUUUUUAGCGUUUCAGCAUCAGAGAGGCCCGUCGGUGGCUCCAGCCGUGCCCAUGUCGCUGCGGCAGCCCCGAUGA